UAACUCAUUUGUUUAGGCAGUAGGGAGUUUCUGCUAGGGUCUGGAUUGGAGUUACACACAGACCGGACCCUACCGUGUAUGAGAGGUGUCUGAGGAGAAAAAGAGGAUUCCCCCCUUGCCGCAAAGAAUCUACAUGUCUAAUAUUUAGACAUGUUCAGCUUUGUGGAUAUUCGGUUAGCGCUUUUGCUCAGCGCAACAGUGCUUUUGGCGAGAGCUCAAGGCGAGGAUGAUAGCACAUUCGGCAGCUGCACAUUAGACGGACAGUUGUACAACGACAAGGAUGUAUGGAAACCAGAGCCCUGCCAGAUCUGCGUCUGUGACAGUGGAACCGUCAUGUGCGACGAGGUGAUCUGUGAGGACACAUCCGACUGCGCCGAUCCCAUCAUUCCUGACGGAGAGUGCUGCCCUAUCUGCCCCGAUGUUGAUGGACCCCUGGUUCCAGACGUGUCUGAGCCAACAAAGGGAGACGUUGGCCCCAAGGGAGACAGGGGUCCAGUUGGUCCUCCUGGCAAUGACGGAAUCCCUGGACAGCCUGGCCUUCCUGGCCCUCCCGGCCCCCCUGGCCCCCCUGGCCUUGGCGGAAACUUCUCUCCUCAAAUGAGCUAUGACUCCUCCAAAUCUGGUGGUGGCCAGGUCAUUGGCCCAAUGGGUCCUAUGGGUCCUCGUGGUCCUCCUGGCCCCUCUGGCUCAUCUGGUCCUCAGGGUUUCACUGGACCCCCUGGUGAGCCUGGUGAGCCUGGAGCUGCUGGUCCCAUGGGUGCCCGUGGUCCUGCUGGCCCCCCUGGAAAGAACGGAGAUGAUGGUGAGCCUGGCAAAGCUGGACGCCCUGGUGAGCGCGGAGCUGCUGGCCCUCAGGGUGCUCGUGGAUUCCCCGGAACCCCCGGACUCCCCGGCAUCAAGGGACACAGAGGUUUCAGCGGUCUGGAUGGAGCUAAGGGAGACACUGGACCCGCUGGCCCUAAGGGAGAGCCCGGUGCCCCUGGUGAGAACGGUGUCCCUGGCAUCAUGGGUGCUCGUGGUCUUCCUGGUGAGAGAGGCCGCCCUGGACCUCCUGGCCCUUCUGGUGCUCGUGGUAAUGAUGGCAACACUGGUGCUGCUGGACCUCCUGGACCCACUGGACCUGCUGGUCCCCCUGGAUUCCCCGGUGGUGCUGGUGCUAAGGGAGAGACUGGUCCUCAGGGAGGCCGUGGAUCUGAGGGACCCCAGGGAGCCCGUGGUGAGCCUGGUAACCCAGGACCUGCUGGACCCGCUGGACCUGCUGGUGCCCCUGGAACUGAUGGUGCCCCUGGUAACAAGGGUGCUCCUGGUGCUGCUGGUAUUGCUGGUGCUCCUGGUUUCCCUGGUGCUCGUGGUCCUGCUGGAGCUCAAGGAGGUGUUGGUGCUCCUGGUCCCAAGGGUAACAAUGGUGAUAUUGGCCCCUCUGGUCCUAAGGGAGAGCCUGGUGCCAAGGGAGAGCCUGGCCCCGCUGGAGUUCAGGGACUUCCUGGACCCUCUGGUGAGGAGGGAAAGAGAGGAGCCCGUGGAGAGCCCGGUGGUGCUGGACCCCGUGGACCUCCUGGAGAGCGUGGUGCCCCUGGUGCUCGUGGUUUCCCUGGUGCUGAUGGAGCUGCUGGUGGCAAGGGAGCCCCUGGUGAGCGUGGUUCCCCCGGACCAAUGGGAGCUCAGGGAGCCACUGGUGAGGCUGGAAGCCCUGGUGCUCCUGGCGCACCUGGAUCCAAGGGUAUGACUGGUAGCCCUGGAAGCCCUGGCCCUGACGGCAAAGCUGGACCUGCUGGUGUUGCUGGACAAGAUGGCCGCCCUGGACCCCCUGGCCCCGCUGGAGCAAGAGGUCCUCCUGGAGUUAUGGGAUUCCCCGGACCCAAGGGAGCCGCUGGUGAUGCUGGUAAGCCUGGUGAGAGAGGCCCCGGUGGUGCCUCUGGCCCUGUUGGUGCCCCUGGCAAAGAUGGUGACGUUGGUGCUCCUGGACCUGCUGGUGCCGCUGGACCUGCUGGAGAGAAGGGAGAGCAGGGACCUGUUGGUCCUCCCGGAUUCCAGGGUCUUCCUGGACCCCAAGGUGCUACUGGUGAGACUGGCAAGCCUGGUGAGCAGGGUGCUCCUGGUGAGGCUGGACCCCCUGGCCCAGCUGGACCCAGAGGCGACAGAGGUUUCCCUGGUGAGCGUGGUGCUCCUGGCAUCACUGGCCCAGUUGGAGCCCGUGGUGCUCCUGGCCCUGCUGGUAGCGAUGGACCUAAGGGAGAGCCCGGUGCCGCUGGUGCCCCCGGUGGUCAGGGAGCCCCCGGUAUGCAGGGAAUGCCCGGUGAGCGUGGAGCUGCUGGACUCCCCGGUGUCAAGGGAGAGAGAGGUGAUGCUGGUAUCAAGGGAGCUGAUGGCGGCCCCGGAAAAGAUGGCGCUCGUGGUAUGACUGGUGCUAUUGGAGUCCCUGGACCUCCUGGUGCUCAGGGUGAGAAGGGUGAGGGUGGCCCCGUUGGAGUCACUGGACCCACUGGACCUCGUGGUUCCCCUGGUGAGCGUGGAGAGACUGGACCUCCUGGACCUGCCGGAUUCGCUGGACCUCCUGGUGCUGAUGGUCAGCCUGGUGCCAAGGGAGAGACUGGUGACACUGGACCCAAGGGAGAUGCUGGUGCUCCUGGACCCGGUGGACCUGUUGGUGCUGCUGGUCCUCAGGGACCUGCUGGACCCCCUGGACCUAAAGGUGCUCGUGGUGGUGCUGGAUCUCCUGGUGCUACUGGUUUCCCUGGACCUGCUGGCAGAGUUGGACCCCCUGGCCCUGCCGGAGCUGCCGGAGCCCCUGGACCCAUUGGACCCGUUGGCAAAGAUGGAGCAAGAGGAGCUCGUGGUGAGACUGGCCCUGCUGGUCGCCCUGGUGAGGCUGGUGCUGCUGGAAUCGCAGGACCCUCUGGAGAGAAGGGAUCCCCUGGUUCUGAUGGAGCCCCUGGCGCUGCUGGUCUUCCCGGACCCCAAGGUAUUGCUGGACAGCGUGGUAUUGUAGGUCUCCCUGGACAGCGUGGAGAGCGUGGUUUCGCUGGUCUGCCUGGACAAGCUGGUGAGCCUGGAAAGCAGGGACCUUCUGGACCCGUUGGUGAGCGUGGACCACCCGGACCUGCUGGACCUCCUGGACUGUCUGGUGCUCCUGGAGAGGCUGGUCGUGAGGGAUCUAUGGGACACGAUGGUGCCCCUGGUCGCGACGGAGCUCCUGGCCCCAAGGGAGACCGUGGUGAGAGUGGUAUGGCUGGACCCCCUGGACCACCUGGUGCUCCUGGAGCCCCCGGAGCUGUUGGUCCCUCUGGCAAGAGUGGUGACCGUGGAGAGAGUGGUCCCGCCGGUCCUGCCGGUCCUGCUGGCCCUGCUGGUGUCCGUGGUCCUGCCGGCCCUGCUGGAGCCAAGGGAGACAGAGGAGAGGCUGGUGAGGCUGGAGAGAGAGGCCACAAGGGACACAGAGGAUUCACUGGCAUGCAGGGUCUGCCCGGAGUUGCUGGAGCUGCUGGAGAGAGAGGACCUGCUGGUGCCAAUGGACCCGCUGGACCUAGAGGACCUGCUGGAUCUAACGGUCCCCCUGGUAAGGAUGGCAUGAACGGUCUGCCUGGACCCAUCGGACCCCCUGGACCUCGCGGUCGCAAUGGAGAGAUGGGACCUGCUGGUCCUCCCGGACCACCUGGACCUGCUGGACCCCCAGGACCUCCCGGCGGUGGAUUCGACUUCAUCAGCCAGCCAAUUCAGGAGAAGGCCCCCGAUCCCUACCGUGGCGGCCACUACCGCGCUGACGACCCCAACAUGAUGCGCGAUCGCGACAUGGAGGUUGACACCACCCUCAAGACCCUGACUCAGAAGGUCGAGAAGAUCCGUAGCCCCGACGGUACCCAGAAGAGCCCUGCCCGCAUGUGCCGUGACCUGAGGAUGUGCCACCCUGAGUGGAAGAGCGGCACCUACUGGGUUGAUCCCAACCAGGGCUCUCCUUUGGAUGCCAUCAAGGUCCACUGCAACAUGGAGACUGGCGAGACUUGCAUCCACCCCAGCGAGUCCAGCAUCCCCAUGAAGAACUGGUACCUCAGCAAGAACAUCAGAGAGAAGAAGCACGUCUGGUUCAGCGAGUCCAUGACCGGUGGAUUCCAGUUCCAGUAUGGCACCGAUGGAGCUGAUCCCGAGGACGUCAGCAUCCAGAUGACCUUCAUGCGCCUGAUGUCCAACCAGGCCUCUCAGAACAUCACAUACCACUGCAAGAACAGCAUUGCCUACAUGGACUCCGCCACUGGCAACCUGAAGAAGGCCCUGCUUCUCCAGGGCUCCAACGACGUCGAGAUCAGAGCCGAGGGCAACAGCCGCUUCACAUACAGCGUCAGCGAGGAUGGCUGCACGUCACACACUGGCACAUGGGGCAAGACAGUCAUCGACUACAAGACAUCAAAAACAUCCCGCCUGCCCAUCAUUGACAUUGCUCCUAUGGAUGUUGGUGCACCUGAUCAGGAAUUUGGCGUCGAAGUUGGCCCCGUUUGCUUCUUGUAAAAAUGAAAGAAAUAUGGACAUGACAUUGUUGUUUUUUUUUCUAGCAGUCAUCUCUAAAUCCUUUUUCUAUGCAUUCAAAACUCAUUCGGCUGCCAUUGGCCCACAUGCUUAAAACCACUCUACUGAAGACGGUGUUUGUGUUUUUCCAAUCAUGAGAAGUUUUUGGGACUGCUACUUCAACCGAAACCAACCACAAGGACACUUUAAAAAGAAUCUUUUGUUUCCACUGGCAACAAGAAAAUAAUAUAUGCUUGUGUAAAAUUUCCCCCUGGAGAUUGAGAAAAAAAAAAGAAAAAAAAAAAAAAGAUCCACAUACGCAAUGAAACACAGGUGACUUUUGCCAUUUUCUACCACUGCGGAAGGACAUUGAAAACAACAAAUGAUAUGUACCAUUUUUCUGGUGUUAAAUAAAUUGUAAAAAGUGUGAAGUGUCCUCUUGUUCUAAAUUCACGAAACAACAACACCUGAAUGUUGCUCAGACAAAUGUGACCAGCAAACGAGCAAGACAAAGAAGCUCACCUUCAUUGCAAUACGUAGAUGGCUACCUCAUAACAAGAAGUCACCCCCAAUUUUUCUUAACGAAAAGGGUAUAUUUUACACAACAAGUCUAUUUAGGGAGGGGAAUUAAAAACAUUCAAAGGUGCUAUUACCAAUUCAGUGAGGUCCAGUUAUUGGUGUUUGAUGGUGAAACUAUCACUGUCAUACUGUAACCAUUGCCACUAAUGCCUGCAGAACCUUUGGUGCUACUAAAUUGACUCAUUGUCUUGUUGUCUAUGCAGUGCAAUUGUUUUCUUCUUAAGUGUUGGUUUAAUAACAGAGGUCCUCUGAAAAGGUGAUCACUGCAGAUGUAAUGCAUGCAAUCAUGUCUUUGUAGAUAAAAGCAAGUGAUUCUGGUUCAAUAUCAAUCCCCUGCCCAUGUGUUCAGUGUUGAUCUUUCUGUCUGUUUGCCCCUGUGGAAAACUCCUCUUCACUAAAAGAAAAAAAAACAGCACACAUCUCCCACCCUGUUGUUUAUGUUGUUUGUUGAUGUCUUUUUCGCGAAGGGUUUCUUAAAAAAGAAUUUGAAGCAGACCCACUUUCAUGGUUUAAAAGAGAGAUUCUGUACUUAUUUUGUACAUGUAUAAUAAAUCGAGAUGUUUUUAAUUAUUUUGGGUGCUGAAAUAAAGCAUGUGAAGUGGUCUACUCA